UAGUCUUUGAAGCCAUUAUGUAUUAGCCGCUUUCGCUUACCGUUUUUGCCUUAACAAAGUUGUCUAUAUUGUCUCUCUACUUCUUUAGCAAACUCAGCAAUUUUCAACAUCCAUCAUCUUAGAAGAGUUGAUCAGCUCUCCAUGGAUGAAAUUGAUAUACCUCAAUAUUUUCUCUGUCCCAUAUCGCUACAAAUCAUGAAAGACCCUGUUACAGCUGUUACGGGAAUCACAUACGACAGGGAAAGCAUAGAGCAAUGGUUGAAGACAGCCACGGACACGACCUGCCCCGUAACGAAGCAGCCUUUGCCAUCAGAUUCUGAUUUAACGCCAAAUCACACGCUGCGGCGGCUAAUUCAGGCAUGGUGCACAGAAAAUGCGAGUAAUGGUAUUGAUAGAAUCCCUACACCAAAAUCUCCUCUCAGCAAGAGUCGUGUUAUCAAACUCAUGCGUGAAUUUGAGCAUCCUAGUUUCUAUGCAAAUGCUUUGAAGAAAAUGGAAGUCUUAGGGAAAGAGAAUGAAAGGAACAGGAAAUGCAUGGAGGAAGCAGGGGUUGCAAAGGCUGUGAUUUUGUUGUUGAUAAGAUGUUACAAGGAAAGGAGAAUUACUGGUCUUGAAGAAGCUUUGAAACUUGUUUAUCUUAUUUGGACUCCCUCUAGUGAAGUCAAAGCUCUCGUGAAUGAAAACCACGAUUUGAUUGACUGUUUAACAUGGAUUCUCGGGUGUGAGAUGGAGAAUCCUGUUGUUGUCAAGACUCAUGCAAUGCUAGUCUUGAGAAAGGUGAUUGAGGUCGCAAAUACCAGGCUGGUGGAGAAAUUGAAGCUCGAAUUCUUCAGAGAAAUUUUGAGGGUAUUGAAAUUGAAAAUCUCUCAACAAGCUACCAAAUCCGCCUUGCUAAUUAUGAUAGAAGUAUGCCUUUGGGGAAGAAACAAAUCCAAAAUCGUUGAAGCCAAUGCAAUUUUCGAGCUCAUUGAAUUUGAACUGGAAAAACCUGAAAAGAACAUCACGGAACUGAACAUCAAUCUUUUGGCACAUCUAUGUUCAUGCGCAGAUGGGCGAGCUCAGUUUCUACGCCAUGCCGGGAGCAUAGCUAUGGUGGCUAAGAGGAUCCUAAGGGUUUCUCCAGCGACAGAUGAUCAAGCUGUUCAUAUACUUUCAUUAAUCUCAAAAUAUUCCGCAACCAAGCAAGUCCUUUUAGAGAUGUUGAGGGUCGGGGCUGUGACAAAGCUUUGCAUGGUAAUUCAAGCAGAUUGUGCAGCAUAUUUGAAAGAGAAAGCCAGAGGGGUACUUAGAUUGCACUCCAAUUUAUGGAAUAAUUCUCCUUGUAUUGCCGUCUAUCUGUUAACCAGUGUAUGGUGAUUAUAUAUUGAUCAGACAGGGUUUACACUUUACAUGAGCUAUGCCGGUCGAGUCUGAAGCCUUUGAAGUAGGCAGCAAGAUUGGAUGCAGCAUAUAGCUCAUCCUUUAUCAGGAAUACAAGAAUCCGAUGAUCAAACCCAUUGAGCAUGUGUUCACUCUUUUCCCAGAAGCACCCCCGCUCCCCUAUUUUCCCAAGAGCUCAAUCAGGUUGGCCGUCCCCCGCUUGAUGAGACCCCUUUCCAUAUUUUUCCAUUGUAGAGGCGCCUGUUUCUUACUACAAAUCUCCCUGGAGACCCCUUCCUUAAGCGGGUGGACUUGUAUUGGACACCACCUCGCAUACAAACGCACUGUGAAAAACGGAACACUGACGCUGCCUAUCUCAAUUGGAC